AUGAAGUCCAUCACUGUCCGCAUGUGUCCCUUCGAGCCCAAUGUGAGGGCCACUAGAGAAUUUUUAGAAGUUAUUAACACCAAGAAAAUCCGUACCACCAAUAGUAAUUGUGAAAUAACUGUAGACGUGAGGCAUGACAAGUCUGAGCCAGUAGUAGACAUACCGUUCGGAGCUUUUCAAAUUUCAGAGCCCUGA